ACGAGAGGAGAGCCAGUAAGUGGCAUUCUUCAGAGGGGACAUUUACACUGAUGAUCAGUGUAGCCCCAUCGGUGCCACCUGUCAGUGCCCAUCAAUGCCACAUCAAUGCCACAUAUCAGUGCCUACCAGUGCACAUCAUCAAUGCCACAUAUCAGUGCCUACCAGUGCACAUCAAUGCCACAUAUCAGUGCCCAUCAGAGCUGCCUUUCAGUGCCAACUAUUUGUGCCAGUCAGUGCCGCCUAACAGUGCCCAUCAGUGUCGCCUAACAGUUCCAAUCAAUGCUGCCUAACAGUGCCAGUCAUUGAAGCCCAACAGUGCCCAUCAGUG